AACUUUGGCCAACUUGCAAUGACCAAGGAAUCCAAGGCGCUGAUAGGACUUUACCACGGGCAGGUGCGCUGCAAGAAGAACAAGUUUGGGACACCUCAGCGAGAAGUCAAGACUCUGGCAGUGCUGGGAGCAGGGCUCAUGGGAGCUGGGAUCGCCCAGGUUUCGGUGGAUAAGGGCCUGAAGACCAUUCUGAAGGACACGGCACAGCAAGGCUUGGACAGAGGACAGCAGCAAGUCUUCAAGGGGCUGAACGGCAAGGUGAAGAAGAAGAGUCUGACAUCGUUUGAGAGGGACUCCAUUCUCAGCAACCUGACAGGCCAGCUGGACUACAAGGGCUUUGAGAAGGCAGACAUGGUGAUCGAGGCUGUGUUCGAGGACAUCAACAUCAAGCACAAAGUGCUGAAGGAGGUGGAGGCCGUGAUCCCUGCUCACUGCAUCUUCGCCAGCAACACGUCUGCCCUCCCCAUCAGCCAAAUCGCUGCUGUUAGCAAGAGGCCAGAGAAGGUGAUCGGGAUGCACUACUUCUCCCCGGUCGACAAAAUGCAGCUGCUGGAAAUCAUCACCACAGACAAAACAUCCCAGGACACGGCUGCUUCCGCUGUCGCCGUCGGCCUCAAGCAGGGCAAGGUCGUCAUCGUGGUGAAGGACGGGCCUGGCUUCUACACCACCCGGUGCCUGGGGCCGAUGCUGGCAGAAGUGGUCCGAGUUCUCCAGGAGGGCAUUGACCCAAAGAAAGUAGACGCCAUCUCCACGGCCUUCGGCUUUCCCGUGGGUGCUGCCACGCUGAUCGACGAGGUGGGCGUGGAUGUGGCCACGCACGUGGCCGAGGACCUUGGCAAGGCCUUCGGCGAGCGCUUCGGGGGAGGCAGCAUCGAGUUCUUCAAGCUCAUGGUGGAAAAAGGCUUCUUGGGUCGCAAGGCAGGGAAAGGCUUUUAUAUUUACCAGGAGGGGGUGAAGAACAGGAGCGUGAAUUCCGGCAUGGAUGAGAUCUUGGCGCGGUUCAAAGUGCCGGCCAAACCUGAAGUGUAA